AUGAGCUGGAGGAGUGACUACUGCAAGCAGAAUUGUCUCCCAGCAGCCACCAAGAUUGAACUGAUCUCUCCCUACCAGAUGCUGGAAGAAGAAGAGACAGUCUAUCAAUUGGUUGCUUCAGUAUGGCAUGAUGAGGACGGAGGUGAUAUUGCUGAGAAAAUACACCACCUAUACCGGGAAUGGGCUGAUGUGUUCAGUGAAGAGAAGAUUGGGGAAAUGCCGCCGCAUUCCCAUAAUGAUUUGAAGAUCAAACUCUUCCCUGGCACCGCUCCCCCAUUUGGCGCGCUGUACCCAUGUUCCGCUCCAGAGUUGAAGGCCCUCCGAGAGUACCUGGACAAAGAAUUGUCUUCAGGAAAGAUCUCUAGAUCUAAUAGCCCUGCUGCGGCGCCCAUAUUGUUCAUUCCUAAGAAGGAUGGGACAUUGCGGAUUUGUGUGGAUUACAGAGGUUUGAACAAGGUCACUGUCAAGAACAAGUACCCGCUGCCUAUCAUGAGUGAGCUCAGAGACAGGUUGUUCAAGGCCAAGAUCUUCACAAAGAUAGACCUGAAGAAUGGCUUCAAUUUGAUCAGGAUAGCCGAAGGUGAUGAGUGGAAAACCGCUUUCAGAACCCGCUAUGGACUGUAUCAGUAUAAUGUGAUGCCGUUUGGUCUAUGCAAUGCUCCCUCUGCCUUCCAGGCAAUGAUCAAUGAUGUGCUAAAGGAACUACUGGAUGAAGGAGUGGUUGUCUAUAUCGACGACAUCCUCAUCUACUCGGAAACUGAGAAAGAGCAUGAGCUACUGGUCAAGAAGGUUCUACAGAAGCUUAGGGAAGCUAAGCUCUGUACCUCGAUCAGUAAAACAUCCUUCCAUGUCCGAGAAGUAGAGUACCUAUGCUAUCACAUCUCGGAAAAGGGAGUGUCUAUGUCAGAAGACAAAGUGGAGGCAGUUAUGGAAUGGCCGGUCCCUGAAAAUAUCAAGGCAGUACAGGCAUUCCUCGGAUUUGCAAACUUCUAUCGCCGCUUCAUUGAAGGCUUCAGUAAAGUUUGCAAACCAUUAACUGACGUCUUACAAAAAGACAAGAAAUGGUAUUGGACGGCAGUACAUGAGCAGGCCUUUGAAGAACUCAAGAGGCUGUUCACAAGCGCUCCAAUCCUUCUUCACUUUGACCCUAGUAGGAGAACUGUGGUCGAAACAGAUGCCAGUGAUUUUGCCAAGGGAGCAGUGCUCUCUCAGUAUGGGGAUGAUGGAAAGCUACAUCCGGUGGCAUUCUAUUCUAAGAGGUUCUCCCCUGCUGAGAUCAACUAUGACAUUCAUGAUAAGGAAAUGGGAGAGAUCACGGUUUUUACAGACCACAAGAACUUGGAGUAUUUUAAUUCUACCAAGUCUGAAGACCUCGCCGGCUACAAUUUUAAAGUUGUCUACAGACCGGGAGAAAAGAAUGGCAAGACUGAUUUGCUAUCUAGGCGCUGGGAUCACCGCCUUGGAGAGCGAGGUGAAGCUCUGCAGCCGGAGCCACAGAUCUUUUUUAGGCUAUGUCAAUUGGUUUUGGAUCCUGUAAAGCUAGUGGCCAUCAGGGUGAAUCAAUUGCAGAAUACAUUCUUAGAGCGCCUAUAUGCGGCUGCUAAAGAGGAUAGUUUCUGGCAGGAACUGCACCGCUCACUGGUUGAAAGGAAACCAAAUUUGGACCAGAACUUGUCGGUCAAGAACGGUCUCAUCUUCUACAAGAAUAGAUGGUAUAUACCCAAAGACAAGAAGCUUCAGAUGGAAAUACUGUCCGAUACCCAUGACUCUAAAGUGACUGGUCAUUUUGGCCAAUUUAAGACACUAGAGCGG